AUGCCCAAACGCAAAGCUACUUCACAAAUUUCUGGGCUUAUGAGCUCAGAUGACGAAGACCUGAUUCAGAUGCACAAAGAAACAGAUACCCACGAAGAGCCACCCGCCAAAAAACGAAGAGGCAGACCGCGUACUUCCAAUGAAAAUGUGACCGAAACAAAGCCUACCAAACCUACUACACGAGCCAAGAAGCAGCACGUUGCUGCUGAUAAGACAGAAAAUUCCACAGGGAAGAAGCCCGCCCGUCGAGGACGACCGAAAGGCAGCAGCCGUGUAUCGCAAGACGCUGAAACGCCUGCGACAGCAGAGACAGAGGAAAUGGAGCCUGAAGCCGCAGCGCCCGACCAGGAAAAUGAAGAUCCUCGCGCCCUAAAAGAGACAAAGAAACCACCAACCAAGGCAACUAAAGCCAAGGCCGCGACAGUUGCUACACGCGGUCGGGGACGUGGGAAGCAGCUUCAAACAGAUGGUGAAUUCGAGUUCACUCCGAGCGGUACGCGACACACAAGCGCCCCGGAAACCCGCGAAGAAGCGACAGAGCCCAGCCCUCUCUCUCGUGGAACACUCCGAGGGAAGAAGGUUCCCGAAGUGGAAGAAACACAACAGAAUACGGAAUCUGCAGCAGACCUCAUAGAAGAGUCGGGCCCCCCGAACCUCCUCGCCUUUCAAUGUCCCCGGCGAAGAACCGCUCUCGGAUAUCCAUGCGUCGACUCCGAACAGGGUGGUGAUCCAGAGCUGAGGCGUAGGCUGGGUGAGCUUACCAAGAAGAAUGAUGCAUUGGAAAUUAAGUAUCGCAAUCUCCGUGAGAUCGGGAUCGUGGAAGCCAAUGCCAACAUGGAGAAGCUGCGAAAGCAGACUGAGACUAUCACUACAGCAUCCAAUGAGCUGGUAGCUUCAUUGAAAGCUGAGCUAGAGGCCCAGCGAAAGUUGGGCACCCAAAGCCGCGGGCUUCAGAAGCAACUCAAAGACCGUGAUAGUGACGUGGCUCGACUGCAAGCCAAUGCAGAUGAAGCACGCGCCCAACUUGCCUCCGCGCAAUCUGAAAUCAAAGCCCUGCAGACUAAGCUGGCAGCAGCACGAAACACAGCUGCCAGUGUUGAGGGGGCGUCCAAGAUCCCCGGCAGUGCCAUCAAGGGUGGCGGCACCAACCGUGCAAAUGCAGCUGCUAAUGCCGAAGCGGCUCAGGCUGCUCAGCUUGCCCAGCUCAAAGAAGAUCUCUACAGUGAUCUAACUGGUCUGAUUAUUCGUGAUGUCAAGAACAGGGAUUCUGAUCAUGUAUAUGAUUGUAUUCAGACCGGAAUCAACGGUACUCUUCAUUUCCAUUUGGCGGUACCGAAGGAAUCGGCGGAUUUCAACAAUACAGAAUUCCAAUACUUGCCUCUUUUGGAUGCUAACCGUGAUCGAGAUCUCGUUAACAUGCUGCCAGACUUUUUGGCGGUGGAUAUCACUUUCAAGCGUGGGCAAGCUGCCAAGUUCUAUACGCGCGUCAUUGAUGCUUUGACAAAGCGGCGAUCUCUUCCAGCGUAA